AUGGGACGAGGCCCCAGCCCUUCACCCCUGGUCCUGCCCUCCCAGGGCUCCCCAUCCAGCCGGGCCGGCUCCGCCCGGCCCCACGGUUCUCAAGCUGCAGGGGGUGGGGGUGUCCUGUCCGGUGUCGCCACAAAUCCUUCCUCGUCCAGGAUGGCCACCGGCAGCGGGAGCCAGGUGCUGGCGUGGGCCCUCACGGCCCUGCUCAUGGUGAGGCCAGCAGAGAUCCAGGGCCAGGCAGAGCCGAGUCCGGGGAACCCAGAGCCCAUGGUGGACAGCCCGCGUGUGGGCAGAGUCCACCCCAUGUCCCCACCUGCCAUGUCCUCACCUGCCCGCCACCUGACCUUCAUCCCACCCAUGAGCAUCUUCCACACGAGCCCCCUGAACCCUGCGCACAACGGGCGGGUGUGCAGCACCUGGAGCGACUUCCACUACAAGACCUUCGACGGCCGCGUCUUCCGCUUCCCCGGCCUCUGCAACUACGUGUUCUCCGCGCACUGCGCCGCCACCUACGAGGACUUCAACGUGCAGCUGCGCCGCGGCCUGGCAGGGUCCAGGCCUGUGGUCACCCGCGUGGUCCUCAAGGCCCAGGGGCUGGUGCUAGAGCUGGGGAACGGCUCUGUCUUGGUGGAUGGGCGCCGGGUGGAGCUGCCCUACAGCCGUGCCGGCCUCCUGGUGGAGCAGAGCAGCGACUACAUCAAGGUCAACAUCCGCCUGACCCUGACCUUCAUGUGGAACGGAGGAGACAGUGCUCUGCUGCAGCUGGACCCCAAGUAUGCCAACCAGACCUGUGGGCUCUGCGGGGACUUCAACGGGCUCCCCGACAUCCACGAGUUCUACGCCCACAACGUCAAACUGACCCCUCUCCAGUUUGGGAACCUACAGAAGAUGGACGGUCCCACGGAGCAGUGCCCAGACCCUCUGCCCUCAGCAGCUGACAACUGCACAGAUGGGGAGGACACCUGCCGCCAUACCCUACUUGGCCCGGCCUUUGCAGACUGCAACACACUGGUGGACGCCAGCGUGUACGUGACCGCCUGUAUCCAGGACCUGUGCCGCUGCCCCACCUGCCCAUGUGCCACCUUUGCCGAGUACUCCCGCCAGUGUGCCCACGCAGGGGGUCAGCCGCAGAAUUGGAGGGCUCCUGACCUCUGCCCCCGGACGUGCCCCCUCAACAUGCAGCACCAGGAGUGCGGCUCGCCCUGCGUGGACACCUGCUCCAACCCCCAGCGCUCCCAGACCUGUGGUGACCACUGCAUGGAUGGCUGCUUCUGCCCUCCAGGCACGGUGCUGGAUGACGUCAGGCACUCGGGCUGCCUGCCCCUGACCCAGUGCCACUGCACCCACGGCGGCCGCACCUACGCCCCCGGGGCCUCCUUCUCCACCAGCUGCAGAUCCUGCACCUGCUCUGGAGGCCUCUGGCAGUGCCAGGACCUGCCGUGCCCGGGCACCUGCUCCGUGCAGGGUGGGUCCCACAUCUCCACCUAUGAUGAGAAGCUCUACGAUGUGCAUGGGGACUGCAACUACGUUCUUUCCAAGAAAUGUACCCACAACGCCUUCAUCGUGCUGGCCGAGCUGCGCAAGUGCGGCCUGACGGACACGGAGAAUUGCCUGAAAACCGUGACGCUGAGCCUGCAGGGCGGGGACACGGCCAUCCAGAUCCAGGCCAAUGGCGCUGUGUUCAUAAACUCCAUCUACACCCAGCUGCCGCUGUCCGCAGCCAACAUCACCAUCUUCAGCCCCUCCUCCUUCUUCGUCGUGGUGCAGACGCACCUGGGUCUGCAGCUGCAGGUGCAGCUGGUACCCCUCAUGCAGGUGUUUGUCAGACUGGACCCCUCCCACCAAGGCCAGAUGUGCGGCCUGUGUGGGAACUUCAACCAGAACCAGGCAGACGACUUCACGGCCCUCAGCGGGGUGGUGGAGGGGACAGGCGCUGCCUUUGCCAACACCUGGAAGACCCAGGCGACAUGCCCCAACUCCAAGAACGUCUUCGAGGACCCCUGCUCGCUCAGCGUGGAGAACGAAAACUACGCCCAGCACUGGUGCUCACUGCUGACAGACCCCAGGGGCGUGUUCUCGGCCUGCCACUCCACAGUCAGCCCUGCGCCCUUCCACUCGAACUGCAUGUUCGACACGUGCAACUGCGAGAGGAGCGAGGAUUGCAUGUGUGCGGCCCUGUCCUCCUACGUGCGUGCCUGUGCGGCCCAGGGCGUGCUGCUCAGCGGCUGGAGGAAGGAUGUCUGCGCCAAGUAUAUGAGCAGCUGCCCCAAGUCGCAGAGCUACGCGUACGUGGUGGACACCUGCCAGCCCACCUGCCGCGCCCUGAGCGAGGCCGACGCCACCUGCGGGGUCUCCUUCGUGCCCGUGGACGGCUGCACGUGCCCCAACGGCACCUUCCUGAAUGACAGGGGCGCCUGCGUGCCCGCCCAGGAGUGUCCCUGCUACUUCAGAGGCACUGUGGUGGCUCCCGGAGAGGUUGUGCAGGACAACAGCGUCAUGUGCUCGUGCACGAAUGGGAAGCUGAACUGCCUGGGAGCCACACUCCCUUCUCAUGAACUCUGCCCUCCAGGCUGUGUGGCACCCAUGGUGCACCUGGACUGUAACAACGUCACGGCGGGCACCCCCGGGGCCGAGUGCCUCAGGAGCUGCCGCACACUGGACGUCGACUGCUUCAGCACACACUGCGUCUCGGGCUGCGUGUGCCCGCAGGGGCUGGUGGCAGACGGACACGGGGGCUGCAUCGCCGAGGAAGACUGUCCAUGUGUGCACAAUGAGGCCACCUACAGACCUGGGGAGACGAUCCGGGCGGACUGCAACACCUGCACCUGCAGGAACCGGCGAUGGGCGUGCACCGACCGGCCCUGCCUGGGCACCUGCGUGGCCUACGGGGACGGCCACUUCAUCACGUUUGACGGGGAGCGCUACAGCUUCCAGGGCAGCUGCGAGUACGUCCUGGCCCAGGACUACUGCGGGGGUGUCAGCACCAACGGGACCUUCCGCAUCGUCACGGAGAACGUCCCCUGCGGGACCACGGGGACCACCUGCUCCAAAGCCAUCAAGGUCUUCCUAGAGAGCCACGAGCUGCUCCUCCAUGAGGGGCGCGUCCAGAUGGUACACAGGGGGUCCAGCGGGACCCUGCCUUACAAGAUCCGCUACAUGGGCAUCUUCCUGGUCAUUGAGACACGCGGUGGGCUGGUUGUGUCCUGGGACCGGAAGACCAGUGUGUUCAUCCGACUGAAGCAGCAUUACAAGGGCAGGGUCUGCGGCCUGUGCGGGAACUUCGACGACAACGCCAUCAACGACUUCACCACGCGGAGUCAGUCUGUGGUCGGAGACGCCCUGGAGUUCGGCAACAGCUGGAAGUUCUCCCCGUCCUGCCCCGAUGCCCUGGUGCCCAAGGACCCCUGCACUGCCAACCCUUACCGCAAGUCCUGGGCCCAGAAGCAGUGCAGCAUCAUCAACAGCAAGACCUUCGCUGCCUGCCACCCUCAGAUCGACUCCACCAAGUACUACGAGGCCUGCGUGAGCGACGCGUGUGCCUGCGACUCGGGGGGAGACUGCGAGUGUCUCUGCACCGCCGUGGCGGCCUACGCCCAGGCCUGCCACGACGUGGGCGUGUGCGUGUCCUGGAGGACGCCCGAUGUCUGCCCUCUGUUCUGCGACUACUACAACCCCCAUGGGCAGUGUGAGUGGCACUACCAGCCCUGCGGGGCCCCCUGCCUGAAGACCUGCCGGAACCCCAGCGGCAAGUGUCUGCUUGACCUGCCCGGCAUGGAGGGCUGCUACCCAGAGUGCCCCGACAGCCAGCCCUUCUUCAGUGAGGACCAGAUGAAGUGUGUGGCCCAGUGCGGCUGCUAUGAUGAGAAAGAAAAUUACUAUGACAUCGACAUGCAAGUCCCCACUUCAGAGAACUGCCAGACCUGCCUGCCAAGUUUCAGUGUGUCUACUGCCUCUCCCUCGGGCAUCAGCACCCUCAGAUCCACAUUUUCCAGUCUACCCUGUUUCUGCCGUGCAUUCGGACAGCUCCUCUCACCUGGGGAAGUCAUCUACAAUAAGACAGACAGAGCUGGCUGCCACUUCUAUGCCAUCUGCAACCAGCACUGUGGCAUUGACCGCUACCAGGACAGCUGCCCCUCCUCCUCACCACCCAUGUCCUCCAAGCCUACACUCCCGCAAACGAUCCUUCCUGGCUGUGACAAUGCUGUCCCUCCUCGACAGGUGAACGAGACCUGGACCCUGGACAACUGCACGGUGGCCAAGUGUGAGGGCGACAACCAGAUCAUCCUCCUGAAGCCAGAGCCCGUACCCAACAUCACCUGUGUGAACGAGUACCUGCCGGUCCAAGUGUGGGACCAGGACCAACCCUGCCACUUCCACUACGAAUGCGAGUGUGAGCAGUCACGGGAUGCGGGCUGCAGCCGCUGCACCACUGCGGGCCUCCAGUGUGCUUACAGCCUCUCAGCCUGUCACUGCACCUAUGAGAACCGCACCUACGGCUACGGGGACACCAUCUACAACACCACAGACGGCCUGGGUGCCUGCCUGGCGGCCACCUGCGGGGAAAACGGAACAAUCAUCCGGAGGACCUCAGUGUGUGCUCUAAGUCCGUCCACCACGCCUUUCACCUUUACCACCACCUCAGCCCCUCCCUCCACGGGCUCAGCUCCUACUCCAUCCACCAUGUGUGUUCGCAAGGUGUGCCGCUGGUCCGCCUGGCUGGACGGGAGCCACCCAGAGCCCAGCAUGGCGGGCGGGGACUUCGAAACGUUCCUGAACCUGAGGCAAAGCGGACACCCGGUGUGCCAGGCCCCUGCCGACAUCCAGUGCCGCGCGGUGCAGUUCCCCGACACGCCCCUGCAGGAGCUGGGUCAGAAGGUGACCUGCGACCCGGCCCAGGGACUGCUGUGCCUCAACAGAGAGCAGAGCCCCCCGCUCUGCCACGAUUACGAGCUGCGGGUCCUGUGCUGCGAGCUCACGCCGUGUGGCGCCUCCCCCUCUCCAUCUGGGGCCACCACGGAGACCUCCCUGUCCACCCGCACCACAGGCACCACCACGCCCGCCUCCCUGCCCGGCCCCGCCCCGACCACAGCCACCCCGGGGACCUCGCUCAGCUCCCGGCCCACGCCGGCACCUGGCACCCCGACUGUGGUACCCACCCACCCGGGCGGCAGCACCGUGACCUCGGGCUCCACCACCUGCCAGCCCCACUGUCAGUGGACGGGGUGGUUUGACACGGAUUACCCCAAAUCCGAGCUCGCCGGGGGAGACACUGAGACGUUCGACAGGAUCCGGGCCACGGGGGCCGAGCUCUGUGAGCAGCCGCAGGACAUCCAGUGCCAGGCCCAGAACUUCCCCGGCUGGAGCCUGGACAGGCUGGGUCAGCGGGUGCACUGUGACGUCCGCUCCGGCCUGGUGUGCCGCAACCAGGAGCAGGAGGGCCCCUUCCCCAUGUGCUACAACUACAUGAUCCGCGUGCUGUGCUGCAGCCGCAGCCACUGCCAGGCGCCCGCCACCACCACACCGCCAGCCACGGCCGCCUGGACCCCCUCCCCAAGGCCACAGCCCACCAGCAGCCCGGUGGUGACUGGGACCUCCCUAGCCAGUACCACGGGGACAGCCAGCAUCUCACCGAAUUCUCCCAGACACACACAGGUCACAGCCACCACAGAACAAGCCACAACUUCUCAAGGGUCCACGAAAACCCCCAGCUCAGGAGGGGCCAUGUCGACGCCUCCCACAUCCACACCGGCCAAGGCCACACCCACCACCACAGCAGCAUCCACGGCUGGCUCUCCCACAGGACUCACAGGCACGGCUAGCACCAUCUCCACAGAGACUCUGGCCACGAGCCCGCCACGGACCACCUACAUGAGCCAGCUGUCCACUUCCCAAGCAGAAACCGACAGACCGAGGACGCACAGGCCGCCUGGCACCACGGCGGGGGUCACCGCCAGCCGAGGUCCGACCCCCUGCCCGCCCAGGUGCAACUGGACGGAAUGGUUUGAUGUGGACUUCCCGACCUCAGGAGUGGAGCGUGGGGACAUGGAGACCUACGAAAACAUCCGGGCUGCGGGCGGCAAGCUGUGCGAAGCACCGGAGAAGAUAGAAUGCCGGGCAGAGAACUACCCCGCGGUGAGCGUCGACAGCAUCGGGCAGGUGCUGACCUGCAGCCUGAAGGAGGGGCUGAUCUGCAGGAACAAGGACCAGACCGGGGAGUUCCACAUGUGCUUCAACUACAAUGUGCGGGUGCUCCCCGCCGCCACCACGGGAACAGAGCCCACAGCCUGCAGGCCUAAGUGCGCCUGGACCGACUGGCUGGACUCAGACCAGCCCAAGCCAGGACGCUUUGGGGGCGACAUCGAAACCUACUACCGUAUCAUGAACUCGGGGGUGCAGCUGUGCACGAAACCCACGGCCAUCCAGUGUGAGGCAGUCCUCUUCCCCAACACGUCCCUCCAGCAGCUCGGCCAGGUGGUGCUCUGCAACGUGGACUAUGGGCUCAUCUGCCGGAACAGCAAGCAGCCCUCAGGCCAGACGUGCCUGAACUACCACAUCCGCGUGCUCUGCUGCGAAGAGGGGGGGCCCUGCAGCACCGCCUCCCCGCAGCCAGCGUCCCCCAGCACGGUGCCCACGGCCACGGCCACAGCCACAGCCCGCGGGCCCUCGACUCCGGGCCUAACCCCCACAAGCCCCUUCCACCCCGGGACUUCUCCGAGGACCUCCCAGGGGCUGCCCAGUGCCACGACCCUCCCAGCCUCCACCGCCAGCCACCCCCACACUUCAGGGACUCCGCGCAGCAUCCCCCCUACGGCGGGCCAGCGCACCUCCCACACCCUGCCCACCCAAGGGUCCUCCGCCAGCAGCCCCACGUCUCAGGCCAGGCUCCCUUCCAGCCCCCUGACCACAGCCAUGGGAUCAACCACCACCCUCUCCUCCACACCAGGGCCCCAAGUCCCGGGGGGAGGGCUGGACAAUGGGCCCAGCACAGGCUCCUGCAGUGGCUGGGGGAAAUCACACUACAGGACGUUUGACGGCACCUCCUACUCCUUCCUGGACAACUGCGCCUACAUACUCAUGCGAGAGAUCCGCCCUCAGUGGGGGAACCUGAGCGUCAUUAUUCACAACCACUACUGCGGGGUAGCCACCAACGGCCCCUGUCCCCGGGCCCUCCAAGUGAACCUCGGAUCCACAGAGAUCAUCCUCACCACCACGACCACGGUCGGCAGGAAGGAGGAGGGCCUGGUGAGUGUGUACGGCAGUCUGCAGCCUUUCCGGCACAGAGGCCCGGAGGCCAAGUUGCAAACUGAGGGCCUAGUCCCCGCUGCUGCCUGGCCCUGCUCUGACGAGGGUCCCCACGGGCAACCUCAGAUCCUGUUUAACCAAACGAGGCUGGGCAGGAGCUUCACCAAGGAUGGUGUGAGUGUGUCCCUGACCGGAACCUCCACGAUGAGCGUCGACAUUCCCGCCAUCGGCGCCACCAUCACCUUUGACGGCCGCAUCUUCCACAUCCGGCUGUCCUACAGCCACUUCAACCACAACACAGAGGGCCAGUGCGGAACCUGCACCAACGACCGGAGAGAUGACUGCCGCCGGCCAGACAGCACCAUGGCCCCCAGCUGCCAGGACAUGGCCCAGGCCUGGCUGCUGCCUGGGAUUAGUCAAAACUGCUCUGUACAGUCCAGCCCGGCCCCAAGCACCAGCCCCACACCCACCAGCCUCAUGCCCACCGUGUCCAACGCGCUCACCUCUAUCCCGUGCCCUCUCAAAAACCUCUGUGAGGUGAUGCUGAGCAAGGUCUUUGCCAACUGCCACAGACUCAUCCCACCUGGUGCCUUCGUUAGCACCUGUGUGCACGAGAGCUGCCAGACCAGCAACCCCGAGGCGCUCUGCCAGAACCUGGAGGCCUACGCAGGGCUCUGCCGUGCCCGGGGAGCAUGCGUGGACUGGCGCAAUGCCACCGGCGGGCAGUGCGGUGAGCCGGGGUGGCCCCGGACCCCAGCCUCUGGGCCCAUGGAGCAGCUCAUGAUUGCUGUCCCUGUGCCCACAGACUUCUCCUGCCCUCCGUCCAAGGUGUACAAGUCAUGUGGCCCCCUGCAGCCCCAGUCCUGCAACUCCAGGACCCAGAGCUCCGAGAACCGGGGGCUGGUUGAAGGCUGCUUCUGCCCCGAGGGUCAGGUCCUCUUCAGCUCUAGCAUGGACAUCUGUGUGUCUGAGUGCCCCUGCGUGGGACCAGACGGGUUCCCCAAGCUCCCAGGGGAACGGUGGGUCAGCAACUGCCACACGUGCCAGUGCGAGGUGAGCUCGGUGACAGUGCAGUGUGAGGCCAUGCCGUGCGAGCCCCCGGACCUCCCCCUGCAGUGCAGACAGGCCGGCUUUGUGACCCUGACCAGGCCCCAGGCCGACAACCCGUGCUGCUCCGAGACACUGUGCGUCUGCAACACGACCACCUGUCCCCAGAGCCCACCCGUGUGUGGGCCUGGCCAGGAGCUGAUCAGAGUCCAGGAGGAGGGUGGCUGCUGCCCCAGCUUCACCUGCAAGCCUAAGCUGUGUGAGUACAACGGCACAGUCUAUGGGGUUGGGGCAAGGUUCCCUGCAGUCACUCCUUGCUACACAUGCACCUGCCUCUCGGAGGACAUCCGGGCACCGACUGUCCAGUGCGAGAAGGAGGCCUGCUCCACCACCUGCCCUCAGGGCUUCAAGUACUCCAGGACGCCGGGGCAGUGCUGCGGGGAGUGUGUGCAGGCUGCCUGCCUCACCCCGGAGGGCCGGCCGGUGCAGCCCAACCAGACCUGGGUCAACAGCGAGGUGAACAACUGCACGGAGUACCGCUGCCAGGAGGAGGGGGGCGUCUACGUGCUGACCCCGCAGCCCACACACUGCCCCGACGUGUCCAGCUGCAGGGGGAUCCUCAGGAAGAGGAACUGCUGCUACUUCUGUGAGGAGGACAACUCAUGUCAAGUCCACACCAACAUGACCAUCCUGCGGCACCUGGGCUGCACAACCGAGGCCAUGGUGAAAGUCACCUUCUGCGAGGGCUCCUGUCCUGGACUGUCCAAGUACUCAGCUGAGGCCCAGGCCAUGGAGUACUUUUGCCCCUGCUGCCAAGAAAGCAAGGCCCACGAGGUGACCGUGGCCCUGCGCUGCCCGGAUGGCUCCACCAUGCCAUACACCUACACCCAUGUGGACAAGUGCAGCUGCUCCCUGGCCUGCAGCUCCCAGCCCAUGGCUCCCGUGGGCACCUCCGUUUAG